AGAGUCAAUAUUGGAGACCUGUUUUAACUUUGAAAAUAUUUACAAUUCUUGUGGUGGACUUUUCAGCCCGCGACUCACGACCCUCUCGAAACACCGACGGUUUAAUUUCAAUGGGAACUCUAAAUUCCGUUAGAUCCCGUGAGUCCGAAUCAGCUCGACUGUAUGCACUCAUUCUUCAAUGUUCUCUCUGUCUAGUUUCUUAAUGAGAGAGAGAGAGAGAGAGGUAGGCGUCUGUGUUGGGUUUGGUUGAGGGAAGAGUGCGUGUUUGGUAAGGGGGAGAUAUUAAUAGAGAAUAAUGGAGUUGUUAGAAAACGGGGUGGAAGCAAAUGAGCUGCAAGAUAGCAGCUUGAAAAUGGAAAGCAAUGAGAUUGAGCAAAACAAAGUGAGCAUCAUGAGGGCGCUCGUCGAAGCAGAAGAUCCCUCUGCCAAGGAAGUGGACAAUUUCAUGAUCAGGAGAUUUCUGCGUGCUCGUGAUUUAGACAUUGAGAAGGCUUCUAACCUAUUCCUGAAGUACCUGAGCUGGAGGCAGAAAUUCGUUCCUAAUGGCUCCAUAGGGGCAUCGGAGAUUCCAAACGAACUUGCCCAUAACAAGAUGUUUAUGCAAGGCCUGGAUAAGAAUGGACGCCCCAUAGUAGUUGUCUUUGGCGGCAGGCAUAAGCAAAACAACAUAGAGGAGUUCAAGCGUUUUGUGGUCUACACUCUAGACAAAAUAUGUUCCAGAAUGCCAGGAGGACAGGAGAAGUUUGUGUGCAUUGGAGAUCUUAAAGGAUGGGGAUACUCUAACAGUGACAUACGAGGAUAUCUGGCAGCUCUCUCAAUCUUGCAGGAUUGUUACCCAGAGAGGCUAGGCAAGUUAUUCAUAGUCCAUGUACCUUACUUAUUCAUGACGGCAUGGAAAGCGGUUUACCCAUUCAUUGACAGCAAAACUAAAAAGAAGAUAAUUUUUGUUGAGAACAAAAGUCUGAGAUCUACUCUGCUGAAUGAGAUUGAUGAGAGCCAACUGCCAGAUACGUACGGAGGCCCACUACCAUUAGUCCCUAUCCAAGAUGCAUAAAAUUUUCAACUAACGGGGUUUCUCUCUCUCUAUUACUUGUCGGCUUAGCUGUUUCAGCUGACACAACAUAGAUCUGGAAAAUCUGUUUUCUUUUCAAAAUUCCUAAGCCAGAGAGUAUAUAUAUUUGGCCUGUCACACCAAUAUUUGAGAUCAUACAUUUUUAUUCUUCAGCAUGUUCUGUGCAACUGUGACAAAAAGAAAUGAAGAUAAUUCGAGAAUUCCUGUUGA